AUGCCAAACUGCCGUUGUAUUUCAACUAGAGGUCGACCGCACACGCUAAGUGGUAAUCACCUGGCUGCCAACGGCUGGCGUUCGGGGGGCUGUCGUUCAGGGGUGGGCAACCCCAGUCCUCAGAGGGCAACCCCAGUCCUCAAGGGGGGCUGUCGUUCAGGGGUGGGCAAACCCAGUCCUCAAGGGGGCUGUCGUUCAGGGGUGGGCAACCCCAGUCCUCAAUGGGGGGCUGUCGUUCAGGGGUGGGCAAACCCAGUCCUCAAGGGGGCUGUCGUUCAGGGGUGGGCAACCCCAGUCCUCAAUGGGGGGGCUGUCGUUCAGGGUGGGCAAACCCAGUCCUCAAGGGGGCUGUCGUUCAGGGGUGGGCAACCCCAGUCCUCAAGGGGUGGGGCGUUGUUCAGGGGUGGGCGUCCCCAGUCCUCAAGGGGGGCUGUCGUUCAGGGAUGGGCAACCCCAGUCCUCAAUGGGGGUGUGGCGGGGGGCUGUCGUUCAGGGGUGGGCAAACCCAGUCCUCAAGGGGGGCUGUCGUUCAGGGGUGGGCAACCCCAGUCCUCAGGGGGGGCGUUGUUCAGGGAUGGGCAACCCCAGUCCUCAAGAGGGGCAACCCCAGUCCUCAAGGGGGCUGUCGUUCAGGGGUGGGCAAACCCAGUCCUCAAGGGGGCUGUCGUUCAGGGGUGGGCAACCCCAGUCCUCAAUGGGGGGGCUGUCGUUCAGGGGUGGGCAAACCCAGUCCUCAAGGGGGGCUGUCGUUCAGGGGUGGGCAACCCCAGUCCUCAAUGGGGGGGCUGUCGUUCAGGGGUGGGCAAACCCAGUCCUCAAGGGGGGCUGUCGUUCAGGGGUGGGCAACCCCAGUCCUCAAGGGUGGGGCGUUGUUCAGGGGUGGGCGUCCCCAGUCCUCAAGGGGGGCUGUCGUUCAGGGAUGGGCAACCCCAGUCCUCAAUGGGGUGUGGCGGGGGGCUGUCGUUCAGGGGUGGGCAAACCCAGUCCUCAAGGGGGCUGUCGUUCAGGGUGGGCAACCCCAGUCCUCAGGGGGGCGUUGUUCAGGGAUGGGCAACCCCAGUCCUCAAGAGGGGGCAACCCCAGUCCUCAAGGGGGGCUGUCGUUCAGGGGUGGGCAAACCCAGUCCUCAAGGGGAGCUGUCGUUCAGGGGUGGGCAACCCCAGUCCUCAAUGGGGGGGGCUGUCGUUCAGGGGUGGGCAAACCCAGUCCUCAAGGGGGCUGUCGUUCAGGGGUGGGCAACCCCAGUCCUCAAUGGGGGGCUGUCGUUCAGGGGUGGGCAAACCCAGUCCUCAAGGGGGGCUGUCGUUCAGGGGUGGGCAACCCCAGUCCUCAAGGGUGGGGCGUUGUUCAGGGGUGGGCGUCCCCAGUCCUCAAGGGGGCUGUCGUUCAGGGAUGGGCAACCCCAGUCCUCAAUGGGGGUGUGGCGGGGGGCUGUCGUUCAGGGGUGGGCAAACCCAGUCCUCAAGGGGGCUGUCGUUCAGGGGUGGGCAACCCCAGUCCUCAGGGGGGCGUUGUUCAGGGAUGGGCAACCCCAGUCCUCAAUGGGGGUGUGGCGGGGGGGCUGUCGUUCAGGGGUGGGCAAACCCAGUCCUCAAGGGGGGCUGUCGUUCAGGGGUGGGCAACGCCAGUCCUCAGGGGGGCUGUCAUUCAGGGGUGGGCAACCCCAGUCCUCAAGGGGGUGUGGCGGGGGUGGGGCGCAAACCCAGUCCUCAAGGGCCUGAUUUGGUGUCACACUUGUUCUCCAUCCGUAGCAAACACAGCUGA